AUGAACAGCAAUGCAGGAGGUGACUUAAUUAAUAAAGCAGCUCUUGACUUCUGGACAAGUGGAAAGAGCAGGGAAGAGAUUCAGUUGAAAGACCUGGAGCCCAUGCUAUCUGUAGGAGUCUUCAAUAACAAGAAUAGUGGACUGUGGCACAGCAGCCUCAUCGACAGGAACCUCAUUGACUAUUUUGUCCCUUUCCUGCCCCUGGAGCACAAGCAUGUGAAGAUGUGUGUCAGGGCUGAAAUGACAGCCCGUGGCUAUGCUGUCAAUGAGGAGGUUGUCCAGGCUGUGGCUGAUGAGAUGACAUUCUUCCCAAAGGAGCAGAAAAUCUACUCUGAUAAAGGCUGCAAGACUGUACAGGCCAAGCUGGAUGUUCAUGAAGACAUUGCCAUGAACAACAUGAAAGCCAAGGGCUGA